AUGAAACUACUUAUACUGCUCCUCUUUGCUGCAACGGCGGCUCACGCAUGGAGGGAGCUCUUCCAUCCACCAUUCCUGAAGGGUCUCAGCCGGACUGCUCGAGACGAGUACUAUAAGAUCCUUUUCAACAAGUCAUUGACAAUCGCUGAGCAGAAGGAGCAGAUCAUGGCCUGGGCAAAGAAAUACAACAUUCAGGGACCAGUACAGGCUUUCUUCGAUAAGAAGGCGAAGUACACGGAAGAAAUGAUGCAGAAUUUCACGGCUCUUGUCAAUGAGUUGCCAAAAGCUGUCGCAAACCUGACCAAAAUAAUGGAGAACAAAAACCAGACGUUUUUAGGAAUGAUGAAGGCCGUACACGAGUUAAAGGCCAAAAAUCCAGCGGUGAGGAAUUUUAUAUGCACUAUGGCUUCAGAGCUCCCAAAGAUUCUCUGA